CUUCUUCUGACGCUCUCUUGUCUCUGUAAUUCCAUGGCCUUCCUCAAUUUCAGGCCGUCUGGAUACGCAUCGACAUUAAAAUCCUAUUUAAAGGACGAUAAGAACUUGCGUAAUUCUCAACUUUUUCUCAUACAGUUGUUGCUUGCUUCUGUCUCCGAUGGAGUCUAGAAUUACCAUUUCUGAUUCCAACGAGAUCAGCAAUAAUGGAAGCGGAGUAUGUUGUAUAGCCAGCACUUCCCGAACCCAUUUAACUCCGGAAGCUUCACCUCCUUUAGAUGUUGCAGCCCUAAGCCGCCUCUCCGACAACCUCGCAUCAAUCUUCGAAACCUCGGAGUCCGACGCCUUCUUUGCCGACGCCAGAAUCGUUCUCGGUGACGGUAGGGAAGUUCCGGUUCACCGCUGCAUUCUGGCGGCGAGAAGCCCUUUCUUCAAGAGGGUGUUCUCUGGGAAGGAGAGGAAUGGAGUGAAAUUGGAAUUGAAGGAAUUGGCUAAGGAUUACGAGGCUGGUUUCGAUGCGAUUGUGGGUGUUGUGAGUUAUUUGUAUAGUGGGAAACUAAGGUCACCGCCCAAGGGUGUUCGUGUGUGUGUGGACGAUGAUUGCUCCCAUCUUGGCUGUCGACCUGCUGUGGAAUUCAUGGCUGAACUGCUCUAUGCCUCUUCAGCGUUUGAAAUAUCUGAGUUGGUUGAUCUUUAUCAGAACUAUCUGCUACGAAUUCUUGACAAGGCAGCAGCAGAUGAAAUUUUGCUGGUUCUUUCUGUUGCAAGUAUAUGUGGUAAAUCCUGCGAGACACUUCUAGCAAGGUGUACUGAGUUGAUUGUUAAAUCUGAUGUUGAUGUCAUUACUCUUGAAAAAGCUCUGCCACAGCAAAUUAUGAAACAAAUUAUUGAUAAACGUAUAGAACUAGGCUCAGAAGACAAGUCCAACAACAUCUGUUUGCCAGAUAAAUUUGUGAAGAGAAUACAUAGGGCUCUUGAUUCUGAUGAUGUUGAGUUAGUGAGGUUGCUCUUGAGAGAGGGACAUACUAAUCUAGAUGAUGCUUAUGCCCUUCACUAUGCUGUUGCAUACUGUGAUGCCAAGACUACUACUGAGCUUCUUGACCUCGGGCUUGCUGAUGUUAAUUGUAAAAAUCCAAGGGGAUAUAGUGUGCUCCAUGUGGCUGCAAUGAGGAAGGAGCCUAAGAUUAUAGUGUCCCUUUUGACCAAGGGAGCUCAGCCUUCUGAUCUCACUUUGGAUGGUAGGAAAGCCCUUCAAAUUUCUAAGCGCCUCACCAAGGCAGUGCAUUAUUAUGGUGCUGAGGAAGGCAAAGCAUCUUCUAGGGACAGAUUGUGCAUAGAGAUAUUAGAACAAGCUGAGAGAAGAGAGCCUGUACUUGGGGAGGCGUCUUUUUCUCUUGCUAUGGCAGGGGACGAUUUGCGCAUGAAACUGUUAUACCUUGAAAACAGAGUUGGACUGGCGAAGCUAUUGUUUCCAAUGGAAGCGAAGGUUGUAUUGGACAUUGUUCAAAUUGAUGGAACCUGUCCAUUUUCAGAUAUAUCUCAAAAUGUGAGUACUAAUACUCAGAGGACAGCAGUGGAUUUGAAUGAGGCACCUUUCAAAAUAAAGGAGGAGCACCUAACAAGGAUGAGAGUACUCUCUAAAUCUGUUGAACUAGGCAAACGAUUCUUUCCUCGUUGUUCGGAAGUUCUGAACAAGAUCAUGGAUACUAAUAACCUAUCACAGAUUGCAUGUAUGGGCAAUGACACUCCAGAAGAAAGACAAGCCAAGAGAAGAAGGUACGUGCUGCUCCAAGAAGUUCUGAGUAAGGCUUUCAUGGAGGACAAGCAGGAGUUUGAUAAGUCUACAGUCUCAUCAUCUUCUUCUUCACCAUCAAUAGGCAUGGUUAGGAGAAACCCAUGAAUGAACUUGACUCAAGAAAAAAAAAAAAAUCGUUUUCUCCUCCUUCGUUCUUCUUGGUCCAAGCUUACAUUUGUUCUUAAAUCAUUUAAAAUGUUAGUCCUUACACUUUAAUAAAUA